UUCUUUCUAAAAACUCGUCGAAUAACGCUGUCAGUUAUCUCGAGAUACUUUCAACGAUCGUUUAAACUCCGAAUUGAUCCCCGGGGCAUUGAUAGCGUUCAUUUGCGAGGAUUGAUGCACGAUGUCCGCUCAGCUCGAAACUUUCCGUGAGACAAUUGUCACGCAAUGAAUACGGAAUUCGUUGAACAUGUCAGCGACGAUUCGAUAGUCGAGAGUGCACCGUCGAGCCGCAACAAACGAUGGAGAGGACUUUCGAUGGAACCGACGAUUCCGAACUGAAGCUUCGCGGCAGACAACUGUUGACAGCCCUGGGUCCUCUGUUGGGCGUCUUCCUAGUGGGCCUGUCGUCCGGUUACAGUGCCGUGCUUCUGCCCCAAUUGAAAUCAUCGGGUUCAUCGAACGAACGAAACUCUAGCUCUGAGAAUGCAUCGACGAUCAUGGCGCCCAGCACCGAGGAAGUCUCGUGGAUCGCUGCGUCAGCCGUGCUCCCCACUGCACCAGGUUGCUGGCUGGCUGGAUUGAUGAUAGAAAAGCUAGGCAGGAAGAAGUCCACGAUGCUGGCGUAUCCUCUGUUCCUGGUCGGAUGGGCGAUGAUCGGUUUCGCGCCUGGAAUCGCCUGUCUUUUGGUCGGACGAAUGAUGUGUGGCCUCUGCUGCGGCACUUUGGGCGCCGUGGCGCCCGUCUACAUCGGGGAAACCUCCAGUCCGGGUCUACGAGGGAUCCUGUUGAACAUGAUCAUCCUCACUCUGUCGUUCGGGAUCCUAGCCGUCCACGCUCUGGGCACUUGGUUGCAUUGGAGGACCACCGCCUACGUUUGCAUAGCCUUCGCGGUCGUCAGCUCGUUGAUCUGCAUCGCCUCCACGGAGAGUCCCAUUUGGCUGAUAAACAAAGGCCGGACGGACCAAGCGCGAGCUGCCUGGCUGUAUCUUCGCGGCUGGAAGUCGCUGGACGAGUAUCGAGCGCUGGAGAACUCCAAGAUCCAAGGACGUAGGCUCGAGAAACGCUCGAUGUGCUCGAAACUGAGGAAGACCCUGACGUCGAGAUACUUUCUGUGGCCACUCGGUUUGCUGUGCUUGUUCUUCUUCACCGCUCAAUUCUCCGGUUACAACGUCGUGAUUUACUAUUCCGUCGAUCUGCUGAUGGAAGUGACAGCGCCCGAGAACGCUCACGUGGGCACCCUGGUGCUGGACGUGGUCCGUUUGGUUACCAGUAUCGUAACCUGUUACUUGAUGAAGAAGAGGGACAGAAGGACUAUGAGCCUCGUGUCUGGAUUCGGUUCAGCCGCCGCCAUGUUCCUCCUCAGCCUUUCUCGGUUCCUUCGAGUCGGAACGCCCUGGUUCCCCGUCAUUUCUCUGCUACUUUACGUGGUGUUCUCGACGAUGGGGCUGUUGCCUCUGCCGUGGAUGCUCACCGGCGAGCUCUUCCCUAGGAAAUUCAAAGGUCUCGGGGCAGGGCUCGCGUCUGGCUUCGCCUUCAUCUGCAACUUCGCGGUCGUGAAAAUUGCCCCGGGGAUGUUCGCGUCGUUGCAGCAGCAGGGAACUUUCGCGAUUUAUGGCGUCGUCGCGUUGCUCGGGACUUGCAUCUUGUACCUGACGCUACCGGAAACCAAGGACAAAACGUUGCAGGAGAUCGAACGAUCGUUCGACAAGAAGACCAAAGACAAUUUAACGAACUCGAACACGCGCGUUGGACAUUAAAACGUUUUCUUCCAUAAGUGUACAUUUUUCAGUGGUUUUCAAGUAUAGGAUUUAUUAGUGAUAACUGUUUGUGAGCAAGAAGCAAUGGAAAAUCCCUUUGGAAAGGCUUUUGAGUUCGAAUAAUUCUACAUUUAGAAUCUUCUUGAAAUUCUGCUGAAGUUUUAAACAGUAAAGCUAAUUGUUAUUGUAUCAAAAGCUGUGGAACUUUGGCUCGAGUUUAAUGGAAUCCCUGAAGUAGAUGAGCGUAGAAUUGUUUUAACUUGCAUUAUGGAAAGUUCAAUUAAAUAAGUUUUGGGGAAACAUUCGAUGAUCGUGAGUGAUGGAUUGUUGAACGUUUUGCUUUAGUUUCCCAUCUUUGUACGAACGAUGAUCAUUUCUUGUUAACACUUUACCGACCGAUAGCCUGUUAAUCGACUGUUUUACCGGCCAACGCUUACCGACCGAUAGCCUAUUAAUCAACUGUUUUAUCGGUCGACGUUUACCGACCGAUAGCCGAUUAAUCAACCGCUACCGGUCGGUAAAGUGUUAACAUACGGUGCAUCCUCGACGAUAGAAAUAAAUAAAUUGUUACGAAUGUUUUACUUGUGGACUGAAAUGUAUUCUAGUAACAUUGCUAUUCUAAACUGCCUAACCUCUAUUUCUGUUCUCGAUUGCUCGUUAUAUCGUCCAUUUAUACGUUCGCAUUUAAACAGACAAAAUGUAAAAAUAAAUAGCUACUAUAUUAACUCGAAAAGAUUUUCCUUUAAUUUGAAAGAGAAGGUUUGAAUAGAAAUGUCAGAAAGUUAUAGUUUUGAGUAAAUAAGAUGUUUGUCGAUGUUGAGUUAACAAGCUUAAUCAUAUUUAACUGCAUCCUAAAUGCUCGGGACCCAUCAUGCACGGGGACAGCGUAUAUAUUAUGCAUAGUUAACUAAAACGGGGUGAAUAAUGGCGGAUGCACCCGGAGGAAACAGCACGAGCAAUAGAAAUUUAAUAACGGACGUUGCUAACGCGUGCAAAAUGCCACCAUAAAGUGGGGAACGUUCACGUGAUCAUUGCGCGGUCCACUUACCGCGGUUGAUGGAAAUUACUGUUUGCAUUGCGUUCGACCUUGUCUACGGUUCUUCUGCAACCCAUCAGCUUGCUCGUUCGCGAUUUCUAUAAAGCGCGAUGUCAAUGUUUCGACGGGCGUUAAAUAGCCUGGGUCGUCUGGGGUUAUCACGUUCGUGACGCUAUUCGCGAACUCGUGAUGCAACCAGAUCAACUCGUUCAAUGCAACGUAAGCGUUUGCUUGUUCUCGAAACCGUAUACGUGGUUCGAUGAUUCCUCUUGGCGUAACAAACUAAUUGUAAACGCUGGGAAAUUAGUUUUUUGUUCGUUAUUUCUACGAGCACGAAUGUCCAUUUUAAUCUUAGAAUGAAAAGUAACAGUCACGUGUGGGUACAAUAUAUUAGAAGUUUUUGAAUAUUAGUUUUAAUCGAUUGCAUAAAUUUGUUAGUUAUUUUUAGCACGCCAUAGAGGAUAUAGUGUACACGUCUUGUCAAGAGUACCUUUUACGUUACCUUUUAUGUAUGUAAUUUUAUUUCACCGCCCUGUACUCUUCCUCGUUACGCUUUUCUUUCUUUUCCCCCAGCAUCCAGUCUCAGACGCUUUAUCAAAAGCACGCGAGGAGUGCAUUAUCAUCGAAAUGUUACCUUCUUCUGGCAAAGUAUUUGCACCGAGUUUUCUUCUUCGGUUUUAAUGAAGCGUCUGUUGUCUGUCGUGGCCCCACGCUGUGCAAUGAACUUUGUUAAGGGAGGAAUAUUAGAUUUCACGGUAGCUUCUUUCAACGUGGACGAUCUCGUUGCACCCUGUC